AUGGGCGGUAGCUUCUCCGAUUAUGCCAGCGUCUCCCCAAGUCACUCUUUCAUCCACACUGAGUCCUUUAGGACGGUCAAAGAGCUGGCUGACUAUCUGCUCAUGCUGGACGCCAACGAUCAUCUGUACAAUGCUUAUUUUGCUUGGAAAGAGGAGGGUAGAGUGGAUACAAACACAUUCACCAGCUGUCGACUCUGCAUGGUAGCCCACGAAGCGGAUAACCUGCCGGCGAGCUGGUAUGUCGAUGCUAGCGAAUGGUGGUCCACCAACCAGUGUCGAACCUCACUAGACGUGGAAUUGGUUUGA